AGGUGACAUCAUGAACUUAUUCUUAUUUGGAUAUUUAUGCUUUUGUGUUACAAUAAGUUUGACUAAGAGCUCAGAUAUGGAUACACAUUCCGAGAUUUCUGAAAGAUAUAUAUAUAAUAUUAAUAACUGUACGCAAUGUGAAGUCCAACAACAAUCGUCAUGCAUCUGUUUUGAAUAUGUUGACAACUGCGUAAUUUGCUGUUCCAAUGUUCCAUGCUGUGUCUGCGCAAACUGCGCUACGUGUUGGCAUGGGCAGCAACAAUUAGUAAUAAUGACACAGAUUGGAAUUGCACUGGUGUUUGGAUUAAGCAUCUUUGGCUUGAUCGUAUUUUACUAUAAAAUGUGCUACAAACCGAUUCAAACGUCAACGCGAACGCGCAGAAGACAUGUGCAGGAAGGUGACCUGACGACGUAUUGCAGCACCAUCGAAGGUCAGGCGAGACCACCUUCAUAUAACGAAGCUGUUCGUAAUACUUCGUCUACCAACAUGUAUUCCGACAGUGCUCCUCCUCUUUACGCAUCUCCCUACAACAGGAUGUCCAUGUCGGAAGCUCCACCGUCGUAUCCAGGAACGCCGAAAUUGCAAGAAAAGAUUCUCCAUCAAAAUUCCAACGAGCCUCCUUCCUCGUCUCCCGUUGUUCAGCACAUGUAACGAUACUCUCACAGACAUAAAUAAUUUGUUCACUGCGAGUACAUUUGUAUCUGAAUAAAACGUAAUCUAUAGAUUUAUUAAAAA